CAGCGCCCCCAGCCCGGGCCGCCGGCACCAUGUAACCCGGCCGGAGCCCGAGCCGGGCCAGGAGCCAGUGGUCCUGAGCCUUCUGAAGUUAGGAAUCUGCCUGGUGGUGGCGAUCCUGAUACCAAGGAUGGGACGUCCAGGAUGGAGGUUCCUGGGGCCUGGCCCCCAACACUAUGAAGAGCCCUUGCUGAGGCCAUGAGGGGUUACCAUGGCGACCGAGGCAGCCAUCCCCGCCCAGCCCGCUUUGCUGACCAACAGCAUAUGGACGUGGGCCCAGCUGCCAGGGCCCCGUACCUGCUGGGCUCCGGGGAGGCCUUCUCCACCGAGCCCCGCUUCUGUGCCCCGAGAGCUGGCCUGGGACAUCUUUCUCCCGAAGGGCCUCUGAGCCUGAGUGAGGGGCCAUCGGUAGGCCCCGAGGGAGGGCCAGGGGGGACUGGAGUUGGGGUGGGUAGCAGCACCUUCCCCAGGAUGUACCCCGGCCAGGGCCCCUUCGACACCUGUGAAGACUGCGUGGGCCACCCACAGGGCAAGGGUGCCCCCCGCCUGCCUCCUACACUCCUGGACCAGUUUGAAAAGCAGCUGCCAGUUCAACAGGAUGGCUUCCACACACUACCGUACCAGCGAGGUCCAGCAGGAGCAGGGCCUGGGCCAGGGCCGGGGUCUGGCUCUGCCCCGGAGGCCCGCAGUGAGAGCCCCAGCCGCAUCCGGCAUCUGGUUCACUCUGUGCAGAAGCUCUUCGCCAAGUCCCACUCUCUGGAGGCCCCAGGGAAGCGGGACUACAAUGGGCCCAAGGCUGACGGAAGAGGUGGCUCCGGGGGAGACAGCUACUCUGGCCCGGGCUCUGGAGGACCCCACACCUCCCACCACCACCACCACCACCACCACCACCACCACCACCAGUCCCGGCACGGCAAGAGGAGCAAGAGCAAGGACCGCAAGGGGGACGGGCGGCACCGGGCCAAGGCCGCGGGCUGGUGGAGCUCGGAUGACAACUUGGACAGUGAUAGCGGCUUCCUGGCGGGUGGGCGGCCUCCUGGGGAGCCAGGUGGCCCCUUCUGCUUGGAGGCUCCAGAUGGGUCCUACCGGGACUUGAGCUUCAAGGGGCGCUCGGGUGGGUCAGAAGGCCGCUGUCUUGCCUGCACUGGCAUGUCCAUGUCACUGGAUGGACAAUCGGUCAAGCGAAGUGCCUGGCAUACCAUGAUGGUCGGCCAGGGCCGGGAUGGCUACCCAGGGGCCGGGCCAGGCAAGGGGCUCCUGGGUCCAGAGGCCAAGGCCAAAACCAGGACUUAUCACUAUCUGCAGGUGCCGCAAGAUGACUGGGGGGGUUACCCAACCGGGGGCAAGGAUGGGGAGAUCCCCUGCCGCAGGAUGCGGAGCGGCAGCUACAUAAAAGCCAUGGGGGAUGAGGAGAGCGGAGACUCAGACGGCAGCCCCAAGACAUCUCCCAAAGCGGUGGCUCGGCGCUUCACCUCCCGCCGCUCCUCCAGUGUGGACCAGGCCCGGAUCAACUGCUGCGUCCCACCCCGGAUCCAUCCCCGGAGCUCCAUCCCUGGCUACAGCCGGUCCCUCACCACCGGACAGCUCAGCGAGGAGCUGAACCAGCAACUGGAGGCUGUGUGCGGGUCUGUGUUUGGGGAGCUUGAAUCCCAAGCCGUGGACGCCCUGGACCUGCCCGGCUGUUUCCGCAUGCGGAGCCACAGCUACCUCCGGGCCAUCCAGGCCGGCUGCUCUCAAGACGACGACUGCCUGCCCCUCCUUGCUGCCCCCGCCUCUGUCUCAGGGAGGCCCGGCUCCUCCUUCAACUUCAGAAAGGCCCCGCCCCCCAUCCCGCCGGGAAGCCAGGCCCCGCCCCGCAUCUCCAUCACCGCCCAGAGCAGCACCGACUCCGCCCACGAGAGCUUCACCGCGGCCGAGGGCCCCGCCCGGCGCUGCAGCUCCGCCGACGGGCUGGACGGCCCCGCCAUGGGUGCGCGCACUCUGGAGUUGGCGCCGGUGCCCCCUCGGGCCAGCCCCAAGCCCCCCACACUCAUCAUCAAGACCAUUCCUGGCAGGGAGGAGCUGCGGAGCCUGGCGCGGCAGCGCAAGUGGCGGCCGUCCAUUGGGGUGCAGGUGGAGACUAUCUCAGACUCAGACACAGAGAACAGGAGUCGAAGAGAGUUCCACUCCAUAGGCGUGCAGGUGGAAGAGGACAAGAGGCGGGCGAGGUUCAAGCGCUCCAACAGCGUGACGGCUGGCGUGCAGGCAGACCUGGAGCUGGAGGGCCUGGCCGGCCUGGCCACGGUGGCCACAGAAGACAAGGCCCUACAGUUCGGACGCUCCUUCCAGAGGCACGCCUCUGAACCCCAGCCCGGGCCCCGGGCCCCCACCUACUCAGUCUUCCGCACGGUCCACACGCAGGGCCAGUGGGCCUACCGCGAGGGCUACCCACUGCCGUACGAGCCGCCGGCCACCGAUGGGUCGCCAGGCCCUGCCCCUGCCCCCACCCCUGGCCCCGGGGCUGGCCGCCGUGACUCCUGGAUGGAGCGUGGCUCACGUAGCCUCCCCGACUCAGGCCGCACGUCCCCCUGCCCGCGGGACGGCGAGUGGUUCAUCAAGAUGCUGAGGGCAGAGGUGGAGAAGCUGGAGCAUUGGUGCCAACAGAUGGAGAGGGAGGCGGAGGACUACGAGCUGCCCGAGGAGAUCCUAGAGAAGAUCCGCAGUGCCGUGGGCAGCACACAACUUCUCCUGUCCCAGAAGGUUCAGCAGUUCUUCCGGCUGUGUCAGCAAAGCAUGGACCCCACUGCGUUCCCUGUGCCCACCUUCCAGGACCUGGCGGGUUUCUGGGACCUCCUGCAGCUCUCUAUCGAGGAUGUGACCCUCAAGUUCCUGGAGCUACAGCAACUCAAGGCCAACAGCUGGAAACUCCUGGAGCCUAAGGAGGAGAAGGUCCCUCCGCCGAUACCAAAGAAGCCCUCGCGGGGCCGGGGCGUGCCGGUGAAGGAGCGCUCCCUGGACUCGGUGGACCGGCAGCGGCAGGAAGCGCGCAAGCGGCUCCUGGCGGCCAAGCGCGCCGCCUCCUUCCGCCACAGCUCGGCAACCGAGAGCGCCGACAGCAUCGAGAUCUACAUCCCCGAGGCCCAGACCAGGCUGUGA